CCUCCCUCCCUCUCCCUUCUCUCUAAACCAACACACAGUCCCUUUAAAUUCUUUAGCCCCAUCACUUUAUGCAAGGCAUAUUACUCUCUCACUUCUCUCUCUCUCUCUCUAUCCAAUUUCUUGUAAAGAAACUUCAAACCAUUCCUCCUCCUCUUACUUAAUUUCAAUUCUUCAUUUUUUUUUACCAUUUUAUUGGUCCACCAUCUACCUUUUGCUAUUCUUCUCUAAGAUAUAUUCCUGCUACACUUCUCAAUUUCUAUUUUUAUUUCACAAAUUCAAUAUAUGCUCAAACUCGAUCUGAAGUGGGUGUUCAGUAUUAAUUAAUUAGUUGUUAAUUUUGGUUCGGUUUUUGAGGAUCAAAAAUGGCGGAGAAGAAACAGAACCAUCUCCCUGAACCAGCAGUGAAUUCCAUUUCAGUGGAUUCUCAAUCUCAAAGAACAAACCACAACCACCUCCCAAACUUCCUGUUAUCGGUACGGCUCAAAUAUGUGAAGCUUGGUUACCAUUACUUAAUCACCCACGCCAUGUACCUGUUGCUCACUCCACUUCUCGGCGUCGUCUCACUCCAUCUCUCAACGCUUACAUUCGAAGAUCUGCUCCAGCUAUGGAACCUCUUGAAAUUCAACCUCGUCUCGGUCAUAUUAUGCUCGGCACUCAUGGUUUUCUUGGUCACACUCUCCUACAUGACUCGUCCCCGGAAGGUCUACUUGCUCGAUUUCGCGUGUUACAAACCGGAACAGGCUCGUAUGUGCACCCGAGAGGUGUUCAUGGAGCGGUCUAGACUGGCUGGGGCUUUCACGGAGGAGAACUUGGCCUUCCAGAAGAAGAUUUUGGAGAGGUCCGGGCUCGGCCAGAAGACCUACUUUCCGGAGGCUGUUCUUAGGGUUCCGCCCAACCCGUGUAUGGCGGAGGCCAGGAAGGAGGCGGAGAUGGUGAUGUUUGGAGCUAUUGACCAGCUGCUGGCCAAAACUGGUGUGAAGCCUAAAGAUAUUGGGAUUGUUAUUGUUAAUUGUAGCUUGUUCAAUCCAACACCUUCUCUCUCCGCCAUGGUUGUCAACCAUUACAAGCUUAGAGGGAACAUCUUGAGCUACAAUCUUGGUGGUAUGGGUUGCAGUGCAGGACUCAUUUCAAUUGACCUUGCCAAACAACUUUUACAGGUCCAGCCCAACUCGUACGCCCUGGUGGUGAGCAUGGAGAACAUCACUCUCAACUGGUACUUUGGCAACAACCGAUCAAUGUUGGUAUCCAAUUGCCUCUUCCGAAUGGGAGGGGCCGCUGUCCUCCUGUCGAACCGAUCCUCAGAUCGCCGCCGUUCAAAGUACCAACUCAUCCACACGGUCCGCACCCACAAGGGCGCCGAUGAUCGCUGCUACGGCUGCGUGUUCCAAGAGGAGGACGAAACCAAGAGGGUCGGCGUGGCCCUCUCCAAAGACCUCAUGGCGGUGGCCGGAGAAGCCCUGAAAGCAAACAUCACGACUCUCGGCCCACUGGUCCUCCCAAUGUCGGAGCAGCUACUGUUUUUCGCCACACUGGUUGGAAGGAAGAUCUUCAAAAUGAAGAUAAAGCCCUACAUCCCGGAUUUCAAGCUCGCCUUCCAGCAUUUCUGCAUUCAUGCCGGAGGGAGGGCGGUGUUGGACGAGCUGGAGAAGAACCUGGAGCUCACCGACUGGCACAUGGAGCCUUCGAGAAUGACACUGAAUAGGUUUGGCAACACAUCCAGCAGUUCAUUAUGGUACGAGCUGGCUUACACCGAGGCCAAAGGGAGGGUGAGGAAGGGUGAUCGGACCUGGCAAAUCGCUUUUGGUUCCGGUUUCAAGUGUAACAGUGCUGUCUGGCGCGCACUCAAGACCAUUGAUCCGGCCAAGGAAAAGAACCCUUGGAUGGAUGAGAUUCAUGAAUUCCCUGUUCACGUGCCCAAAGAGUCGCCCAUUGUUUCUUCAAAUUAAACUUUGUUUUACUCCGGAUAAUGUUUGUUUCUCUAAAUUAAUCAAACCAUGAUUUCUGGUACUACGUGGGUAGGUUGUGUUUUGUUGUGUUGAUGAUUGAUGCAAUGUGAUUAAACACAUGGAAUGAAUUGUUGCUUGACUGGA